AUGCUGGCGGCUCAAUCUCCGUUCUCCGGCGCUCAGACGAUACACCGGCCAAAAAACUGCCGGAAACCUCUGCAACCCAUGAACUCACUCCUUACUCCAACCACAAUCAACUCCAAAUCAAAACUAAAUCAUCCUGUAGACGAUUCUAACAAGGAGAAUGUUCCUCCCAUUUAUGCCGCUCCAGCCAAGAAUGAAUUUUUCAAUUUCGAUUCCUUUGAUGCAUCGCUAAAUGAGGAACUCAAUUCCAUUCGCGUAAAGCUCGAAAGGAUGAGGACAGACGAAGAGAAGACUGAAAAGAUGAUGAACGAAAGGAAUCUGAUGCUGGAUUUAAAAAUGAAGGAGCUGUUAAAUAGAGGGGAGUCUCAGAAUCAGCUUGAAAUUGAGGUCGAUCGGUUGUAUCGAUUGCAGGAGAUUAAAUUAUAUUGCAUGAGGGUAUCUUCACUUCGAUCAUUGAGAGAGAAGGAAAAUGAAAAGAAGAUGAAACGAGAUCAAAUAAAGGUCAAUAAAACAGAGGAUAGAGAUGAACCGAAUGAAGAAACCCCGUUGCGAAGCCCAAAUUCAAAAGAAUAA